GCGACCCCAUCUCUGCCCGUGCCUUCUCCUCCUCAAACUCCUCUGCGUGUUCCAAAGUCCACCAUCUGGACACGGAUCAUGGAAGGAUCGAGGAUGAAGUUGCAACGGUUGACAUUGCCGUGACUAAGCCCCUACCAUGUGGAUCCCGCAACGCGGUCUCGCAUUCAUACAUGUUGUCUAUCAAAGCAAAGUCGCCGUCGAAUUCCUCCAGCAGCACCCCAAUAACGCGGCCGUUCUCUGUGAGGUGGACUUGGAAUGUAAUAAGCCCAUCUCUCGAUUCUGCUAUUUACACUCAUGUAUUAUCUGUUCUCAACCUUUAUCAACUUGCACGGGGUUGACAUCGCGGGCAGGGGAAUUGGCACAAUGCGACCGCCAGUUCGAGCGCCAAUCCAACCUGCAAUGCGAUGUGAUAGAUCCGGAGGAUACCAUAUCGCGUAACUACUGUGCCAAACACCUGCCAAAAGAAAGCAAGGCCAUGACGAAAUACAUGGCAAGCCAGGAGCGCCAUGAGCAACACAGGUGCGCCUGAAAGAUGGCUAUGCCGUUGAUUCAUGUAGUCGCGGCGUUGUUAUCUUCUUUACUGAGGAUAGUUGCCUGUUGAUUAGUUUGUAUUCUGCAUGUAACGGAACUAUAGUGGUGGAAGGAUUAGGG